CUCCCCACACAAUGUCCGUCCCAGCCCCCCUCCACCCCCUCGACCCGCUGUCGCCGGCCGAGAUCGCCGCAUGCGUCUCCGCCGUCAAGGCAAAGGUUAAGGAGAACGAGCACGGCGAACACCGCCUCUGGUUCAAGAGCAUCCAGCUUAUCGAGCCGCCCAAGAAGCUCCUCGCGCCCUGGCUUGACCAGUGGCACGCCGCCGGCCGCGGCCACCGCAACAUCCUCCCCCGCCUGCCCCGCAAUGCUGUCGUGCUCAUGGGCGUCAAGCGGCCCAAGUCGACGACAUGGUAUGAGAUCUUUGUCUCCCUCGACGGCAAGGCCAAGGUCACCGAGACCAUCUCGGCGCCCACCCACCUCCAUGUGCCUCCCGACAUGGCCGAGAUGAUGGCGGCCGAAGAGGCGCUGCUCAAGCACCCCGAGUUCCUGCGUGCCGUCGAGAAGAUGCAGCUGCCGCCGCACGCACGCGUCGUCGCCGACGGCUGGAUCUACGGCGCCGACUCGGAGGAGCGCACGAACCGCCACACGCCGUUCAUGGUGUACCUGAACCUGACGAACGGCGAGCACGAAGACUCGUGCCACUACAGCGCGCCGCUCCCCAUCGUGCCCGUCAUGAGCUCGGACGACUUCUCGCUCGUCCGCAUCGACUACUGCCCGAUCUUCGGGACGGGGGAGAAGACGAUCCUCGACCUCGACGGGCCCUUCCCGUGGCACCUGUACGUGACGAACGAGUACGACGCGGCGCUGGUCGAGGCGAGCGGCGUCGCCCUCCGCACCGACGUCAAGCCGUACCGCGUGAUCCAGCCCGAGGGCGCCUCGUUCUCGCUCGAGGGCCGCGUCAUCAACUGGCAGAAGUGGAGCUUCCACAUCGGCUUCAACUACCGCGAGGGCCCUGUGCUCAGCGACAUCCGCUACGACGGCCGCAAGGUGUUCUACCGCGUCUCCGUGUCCGACAUGACUGUGCCCUACGGCGACCCCCGCGCGCCCUACCACCGCAAGCAGGCGUUCGACCUCGGCGACAUCGGCGCCGGUCUCUGCGCCAACUCGCUCCAGCUCGGCUGCGACUGCCUCGGCGAGAUCCACUACCUCGACUUUGACCACUUCGGGGUCGACGGGCAGGCGCAGGCCAUCAAGGGUGCCGUGUGCAUCCACGAGCAGGACGAAGGCCUUGGGUGGAAGCACACCAACUUCCGCACGAACCGGCCCUCGGUCGUGCGCAACCGCGUCCUCGUCAUCCAGACGAUCAUCACCGUCGCAAACUACGAGUACAUUUUCGCGUGGAAGUUUGACCAAGCCGCCGGCGUGCACCUCGAAACCCGUGCGACGGGUAUCCUCUCGACCGCGGCGAUCUUGCCCGGCGAGACGUCGCCGUACGGCAACGUCGUGUCGCCCGGCGUGCUGGCCACGAACCACCAACACCUGUUCUCGGUGCGCAUCGACCCCUCGAUCGACGGGCACAACAACACGGUCGUGCAGGAAGACUCUGUGACGAUGCCGUACGACAAAGCGAACCCGCCCGAGAACAACCGGUGGGGUGUGGGCUACGUGGUCGAGAAGACGCCGGUGACGCGCUCGGGCGGCUACGACGCGGCGCCGGAGAAGAACCGCGUGUUCAAGAUCACGAACCCGAGCAAAAUCAACCCGAUUUCCGGCAAGCCGGUCGCGUACAAGCUCGUGCCGACGCCGUCGCAGCUCAUGAUCGCCCACCCCGACUCGAUCCAGUACGCGCGCGCCGAGUUCGGCGAGCACCACAUCUACGUCACCAAGUACCGCGACGGCGAGCUGUACGCGGGCGGCAAGUGGACGAACCAGAGCACGGGCAAUGCCGAGGGCAUGCGCGCGUACAUCGGGCGCGGGGACGCGGUCGAGAACGAAGACAUUGUCGUGUGGCACACCUUCGGGCUCACGCACAACCCCCGUGUCGAGGACUUCCCGGUCAUGCCGUGCGAGACGCACACGUUCUCCCUCAAGCCCAACGACUUCUUCUCCAAGAACCCGGCCAUCGACGUGCCCCCCUCCACGCAGACGUUCAACCAGUCCAACCUCUACAAGGCGGGAUGCGCGGGGUGCAAGGACGGCGGGUGCGGGUGCCAGGCCAAGGGCAUCGCGUGCAAGUGCAAGGCCGGCGAGUGCAACCGCACCGGCAAGCUCUAGGGAACAGUAGUCAGCAGAUUGUAUUGGACAGGCAUGAGGCGCGCAUGAGGUGACGUAUGAGGCAAUGCAUCGGAUCCGUUUGGUA